AUGCCUCAAGCUGCGUCGCAGAAGGCUGGUGGCCGUGGACAUGGCGGGCGCGGAGGUCGUGGCCAUGGCGGGCGUGGAGGUCGUGGCAAUGGCGGACGCGGGAACCAGAACCGGCCGAAGCUAACGCAUGCGCAGCGUGUGGGCCGCGAGAUCGCGCAGGUGCUUGGUGAGCGCAAGAUCCACCUCGUCGUCCGAACGGUCGAGCUCAUCGGCGAGCGCUUGACGCGCAGCGUGCUUAGCGAGACGCUGCUCAUGGACAAGGAGGGCAAGACGCUCAAGACCACCACGGGCCGCGAGCGUACGCUGGGCGGUGCGUUCUUCACGCUGCUCAAGGAGCGCGUGACGAAGGAAAAGUACAAGGAGAUCUACGCGCUUGAGGAGGAAGCCAAGAAAAAGGCGCGCAAGAACAAGGAGCGAGCGGCGCGGAUCAAGCGCGAGAACGAGCUCAUCGGCGGCCUUACGAGCCAAAUGAUCUUGAAGGACGACGACGCCGAUGCCAAGGAGGACGAAGCCAACGACGCUGGCCCGUCCAACCCGCGCUUCCACUCGCCUCCCGACCGCGACGACGACGAGUUCAACGACGCGGAUUACGAGAUGGACGAUAUGUAA